GCAAACAGGUGCCAGGUCCCUUAGCUUUUGGCUUAACAGAAGAAAAGAACAGUUUUGUGCGGGGGCGGUGUGUUUUCCCUUUUGAACAUUGAAUCCUGACCAUUCUUUGUGAGCAUUUUUUAUCAAUGAGAUUGAAGAAAAAUAUAGCAAGGAAACAUCCCUCUGAAGCAACAGACUUUGAAAAAGGACUCAACAAUGAACAAAAGGAAUUCCUCGUGAUUUGUGCUGUGUGAGAAGGGAUUCAUCCAAUUUGAAAGACAAAAAGUGACAAGAAAAGGAAAAACAUUUUGGUUCCAUUUGGCUUACAACAAGAACUCAAAGAAGAAUACAAAAAAGGAUCAAGAUGACCCUCCUACUGCGGUUGAUAACCCCCUGGUUGGUGAUAAAUUUGCUCCUUCACGAGCUAGCGUCGGCGGAGCUGGAUACGUUCGACUACUGCAUCAAAAUGACCCCCUCAGCGGGGUUGAUGCAAUGUGCCGGUCAGCAAGCGUUAGCAUCACUGCAGUUCUUGGAAGAAGCCAGCAACCUAACGCUGGCAAGUGGGGUGCUUAUGAUCAAGGACGAUUCCAACCCGGCGGCGAGAAUUGUGCCCAACUUUAUCGACCAUGAUCCGUUGGAUUUUAGAGGCAUUCUGGAGAAUGCAGGUGCCGUGAUUUCCCAGCGCCAGCUCCAGUGGGACAUGGCCAUCAUCUAUCCAGGGCUGAAGCUCAAGGUGGGGCCAACGUUGGGGGCGAACGGCGUGCUGGAGUUUGUGCUGGAUCCGAGCGCCGCCACCGACGAGCGGACGUUCCACGAGCAUGAAAAGUCCACCGCCCGCGUGCUCACGCGCAACUUCGUCGUGCCGUUUCUGCUCGGGCUCAAGUUCAACCUGGCAACGCUGCUCCCGCUGAUCUUCGGCGGGCUCAUACUGCUGAGCAAGAAAGCUCUGAUACUGGGCAAGAUCGCUCUGUUCGUGUCGGGCCUGUUUGGCUAUGGCAGUUUGUUUACGCCCGGGAUUGGUUACGGUUUUGGCGUCCCGUCGGGCAUCACCGGGUACGGGUUUCCCCAGCGGCCGCCCUUUCGUUACGGGGACGCGUUGAGCGACAAGCCGGACUGGGACCAUCAUCAGGGAAGUCAUCAUCACGUGCAGAGUGAUCAUCACCAUCAUCACCACGGAGGAAGUUAUGGCAGUGUGCUGAGUCAGAGUGACGACGUGGGCGUUUCCAGCGGAAGUGGGUACUACAAGAAGAAGGACAAGUUCUUGAAUUUGGACGAACGGUUGGAGCCACAAGCGGCGAGUUUGGUCGAUAAGUUUUACGAGUACGAGAAGCAGCAGAUGAUGAAGGAUCGGACGGCGAGACUGUUUGAGAGGAAGUUCUACGAGGCGGAAAAGGAAAAGGAUGGAGGAGCAAGUGAGGGGGUGACGACUACCGUCGGGAGAGAUGGACUGAAAGGAGAUGGAUACACGUUUGUGACGGCCGUCGAUACCAGUGAGAGGAACGAGAGGUCGCUGCCGGUUGGUGGAGUAGGGUACAGGAAUUUUGCCUGGGCGGAGGAGUGAUUAGUUAGUUCGUGAGGGAAGGACACCAAAUUAAACAGCAAUUUAAGCCAAAUAUUUAUUACCAAAUGAUAUCAUUAGACAAAUAAGGUGUAGAUAAGUUUUAACAGUAUUUUCAGUUUCUAAGAAUAAAACAUUUAAAAUAUAGUGUCUAUUUUUAUAAUGAGUAAGGCCCUUGAAAUCGCAAACAAAUGUCUUCUAGAUUUUAAGGUUG